CCGGGGCCGAGAGCAGGGAGCGCUGUGCGGGGAGCCGGGAGCUGAGCGCGCCGGGCUGGGGCCGGGGCCCGAGCGGAGCGGAGCAGGGGGGGAGAGCGCCCGCCCCAGCCCCGAGUCCCGCCGCCUGCCCUGAGUCCCGCCGCCUGCCCUCCCGCCGCAGCGCGGGCUCAGCGGCCGCCGCCCCAGCCAUGGAGCAAGACAACAGCCCGCGGAAGAUCCAGUUCACCGUCCCGCUGCUAGAGCCGCACCUUGACCCCGAGGCGGCGGAGCAGAUUCGGAGGCGCCGCCCCACCCCUGCCACCCUCGUGCUGACCAGUGACCAGUCCUCCCCAGAGAUAGAUGAAGACCGGAUUCCCAACCCGCUUCUCAAGUCCACGUUGGCCAUGUCUCCACGACAACGGAAGAAGGUGACAAGGACCACACCCACAAUGAAAGAGCUCCAGAUGAUGGUUGAACAUCACCUGGGGCAACAGCAGCAGGGAGAGGAACCCGAGGGAGCAGCUGAGAGCACAGGGGCCCAGGAGUCCUGCCCGCCUGGGAUGAAAGACACAGAAGCGGAGUUAAGGCUGGGCUCGGCUGGGAGAGCACAAAAGCCUGCAGAACCCAUCCCUAAAGCUCAGGAGAGGGGCAGUGAGAAACCCAGCAAAGAGGAACCCACAACCCAUAUACCACCAUUGGAUUCCCAGGGAGCCAACUCGGUCUGAGAGUGGAGGAGGUAUCCUGCAAUGGAGACUGCAGUUGGGAAUGCAUGGACACUGGAUCUGUUUCUUACUCUCCACUUUUGGGAAAAAUCUCUUGUUUUUAAAAAGUGAUAAAUUUGGUGUUAGGUC